CCAGAGAGAGCGGUCCGAAAGAAACCGGGGCAGUGAAACCUCAUGACCGUGACACGGGGACUGCGAGACAAAAGCAGCUGGUUUGUUUGUAGCGAGUAAAACGAGGCGAUGCUGGAAAUGUCGACACUAUUGUUCUCGUAAUUGCAAGUGCUCUGCUCUUUAUAUUACUGAGUUAGAACUGAGUGACAGCCUGUCUGAACGCUGCUGCAAUGCUUUCAGAAACCCGUGUGGAUAGAGCAAGACCCACAUUAUCGAUUGCUCAAAUUACAUUACUUCAGUAACUGCAGCGAUCUCAGGAAAUAGAGCACACGCGAUUUUUCGCUUUUGCAAAGUGCACGGUGGGGGUGAGGGUGAGGUGGAGGGUGAGGGUGAGGGUGAGGGGUUAAUUAUAAAAAGGAAAGCAAUAUUGUCGAAACUAAACAUGUAUAUUUAGCAGUAAAAAAGAAUCCUAUCUAGGUAAGUUCACUGUUGCCGAGACUAUGCCUUGGAACGCCAGGGCACCGAGCACCUGCGGCAGAAGGGACUACAAGACCGAGAAGCAAUGCAAAAAAACAUCCUUCGCUUUCUACCAGGCUGUGCGAGACUUGCUGCCGGUGUGGGUCCUGGAGGACACGCGGACUAUGGAGGCGUUUCACUGGGAAGAGGACGGGAGGGCAUGCGCCUACUCCCCCUCGGAAGCUCUGCUGUACGCCCUGGUCCACGACCACCAGCCGUACGCGCGGUACCUGCUCACCAAGUACCCGGGAAGCGCCCUGGACAUGCCAAGCAAGAGCUUCUGCUGCUGCUGCUGCUGCCACUGCCAGUCGGGCUCGUCGGCGCCUCACCUCGCCAUGGCAGUGCGCUACAACCGCAUCAACAUACUGAAAAUGAUUCUAAAAACCCUGGAGGAGGACUUUGCCGAAAGCGACCGGGUCGGCUACAUGAACCGACGGGGCUGCGUCCACGUAGGAGGCAAAACGCCCGUGCAUCUCGCAUGCGACCUGGCCAGACCCGAGUGUUUGCUUCUGUUGCUAGGACACGCCGCGUCUCCAUCUGUCACGGACUGUAGCGGCAACACCCCCUUGGACACGCUGCUGCAGCAGAUCUGCCACAGCGAGCUCGACGCACGCCUCAAGCGCGUCUGCCUGAGCUAUCUGACACUGUUCAUGCCGGAGCUCAGGUUCAAAAUGAAAAAACAGCUUCUGGACAACGAGGAGCUGUGGCAGAGCUUGGUAGGGGAGCAAACCUUCCAGUGGCUGUCGGGACAGUCCCCUCCCUCCCUGUUUAUGAGCUGCAUGCAAAGCCUGAUCAGGACCAUCUCUCCGGAACACUUUCCAGAGGGACUGGAGGCACUGCCGGUGCCAGACUUUCUGAAACCUUUGGACUUCAGGCUGCAGUAAGCCUUGGGGGAAAAAAAAUAAAAAAUACUAUAUAACAGACUUGGCUUUAAAAAAGAGUUUAAUUCAAGUAAUCUAAGGAAAUAUGAUUUAUGGAUUCAUAUACACUGUAUAUUUGUGUUUGGUUGUUGUUGUUUUCAUGGUUUGUAGAAGAGAGGGCAGGGAAGGCACUUUUGGAAUCUGUUUUACAAGAGUCAGGAAGCAAAGCAGUGAUGCAGUGUUUGCAAACACUUCAAUAAAAACAAGUGUUUACAUUGAA